CUCCCUCUAAUUCUUCUAUUCCUCUCUCUCUCUCUCUCUCUUACUUUCAAACCUAAUUAAAGCCUUCCACAGCACACAACUUUACCUUUCUCAUUUUCCUCUCUCUCUCUCUCUCUAGAACCACCUAAAAUAAAAAAAAGUAAAAAAAGAAAAAUAAGCUUAACGCGGAUUCCAGUCCGACCCCAAAAUCAAAAGCAAAAAAAGAAAAAUAAAAUCGAAAUAAGAAAAAGAAAAACCCUCUCUCUCUCUCUCUCUCUCUCUCUCUCUCUCUUUUUUUUUUUUUUUGUCCUCUUUGAAAAACCUAAAGAGAGAGCAGAGCAGAGCAGAGAGAAAUCUCUGAGCUUUUCGGUUUGUUUUUGGAGAAGAAGAAGAAGAAGAUGGGCCAGAAGUCCCUGAUCUACGCCUUCGUUUCGAGAGGGACAGUGAUUCUGUCGGAGUACACGGAAUUCAGUGGCAAUUUCAAUUCUAUAGCGUUUCAGUGCCUCCAGAAGCUUCCUGCUGCUAACAACAAGUUUACUUACAACUGUGAUGGCCACACCUUCAAUUACCUCGUCGAUAAUGGCUUCACAUAUUGUGUGGUUGCUGACGAAUCAGUUGGAAGACAAGUACCUAUAGCUUUUCUAGAGCGUAUCAAGGAUGACUUUGUGUCAAAAUAUGGUGGUGGCAAGGCUGCCACAGCUCCUGCCAACAGCCUUAACAAGGAAUUUGGGCCGAAACUGAAGGAACACAUGCAGUACUGUGUUGAUCAUCCUGAAGAGAUAAGUAAGCUUGCAAAGGUGAAGGCCCAGGUUUCAGAAGUUAAAGGCGUGAUGAUGGAGAAUAUCGAAAAGGUUUUAGAUAGAGGUGAAAAGAUAGAACUUCUAGUUGAUAAGACUGAGAACCUUCAUCAACAGGCACAAGACUUUCGGACAACAGGGACAAAAAUUAGGAGGAAAAUGUGGCUGCAAAAUAUGAAGAUAAAACUGAUUGUUUUGGGAAUUCUGAUCGCGUUGAUUCUUAUCAUAGUCCUGUCUGUAUGUCAUGGUUUCAACUGUGGAAAAUGAGAAUCUCUCUCUGAAGGAAGGCUUUUGAUCAUCAUCCCAGUCGAAUACUUUACUUUUGCAACUAUUGUUAUUAUAUGAAACAUUAAAUCUAUGUUGUGACUCUGUAUGUAGUGAAAAAGCAGUUAAUAUCCAGGUAUUGGGCACAAAAAUUUCAUCUUUGUGUGUGAAUGGACCCUAUAUAAAGAUGUUCUAAGAAUGCUUUUUUUUUUGGGCUGAGAAUACGUUAUAAGAAUGCUUUUGCAAUACCCUAUAUAAA